AUGAACUCAACCAGAACAUUUCACAAAGAGUUUAAGCUAGAAGAAGGAACAAACAUGGCAUCGACAAAAAUCUCCAGUACUCAGCAAACAUCCUCUCCUACCCCUCCCAAACAAAUGCAGAAAAGUACAGGCAAGAAAAAAACUCACCACUGCUCAGACUGUGGGAAGAGUUUUAGCCAUCAGAGUACUCUACAACGACACCAGCGCAUUCACACUGGAGAGAAACCGUAUCAGUGCUCAGACUGUGAGAAGAGUUUUAGCAGUCAGAGAGAUCUUCAACUACACCAACGCAUUCACACUGGAGAGAAACCGUAUUAUUGCUCAGACUGUGGGAAUAGUUUUAGUCGUCAGAGGGAUCUUCAACUACACCAACGCAUUCACACUGGAGAGAAACCUUAUUACUGCUCAGACUGUGGGAAUAGUUUUAGUCGUCAGAGUACUCUCCAACUACACCAGCGCAUUCACACUGGAGAGAAACCAUAUCACUGCUCAGACUGUGGAAAGAGUUUUAGCCGUCAGAGUGAUCUUCAAAUACACCAGCGCAUUCACACUGGAGAGAAACCGUAUCACUGCUCAGACUGUGGGAAGAGUUUUAGCCGUCAGAGUACUCUCCAACGACAUCAGCGCAUUCACACUGGAGAGAAACCGUAUUACUGCUCAGACUGUGGGAAGAAUUUUAAUUUGCAGAGUAGUCUCACAACACACCUGCGCAUUCACACUGGAGAGAAACCGUAUCACUGCUCAGACUGUGGGAAGAGUUUUAGUCAUAAGAUUUCUCUCAAAAUACACCAGCGCAUUCACACUGGAGAGAACCUGUAUCACUGCUCAGACUGUGGGAAGAGUUUUAUUUACCAGAGUUCUCUCCAACUACACCAGCGUAUUCACACCAGCGCAUUCACUGCUAUAGCAAUAUACCAUACAGCGGUGUAAAAAGUGUUUUCCCUUCCUGAUUUUUUGCAUGUUUGUCACACUUAAAUGUUUCGGGACAUCAAACCAAUUUAAAUAUUAGUCAGACAACACAGGUAAACACCAAAUGCUAUUUUUAAAUGAAGGUGUUUAUUAUUAAGGGAGAAAAAAAAUCCAAACCUACAUGGCCCUGUGUGAAAAAGUGAUUACCCCUAAACCUAAUAGCUGAUCAGGCCACCCUAAGCAGCAACAACUGCAACCAAGCGUUUGUGAUAACCUGCAGUGAGUCUUUUAUAGCGCUGUGGAGGAAUUCUGUCUCCACUCAUCUUUACAGAAUUGUUGUAAUUCAGCAGCAUUGGAAGCUUUUCCAGCAUGAAUGGCCUUUUUAAGGUUAUGCCACAGCAUCUUAAUCGGAUUCAGGUCAGGACUUUGACUUGGCCACUCCAAAGUCUUUGGUUUUCUUAAGCCAUUCAGAGGUUGACUUGCUGGUGUGUUUUGGAUCAUUGUCCUGCUGCAGAACCCAAGUUCUGUUUCAGCCUGAGGUCACGAACAGAUGGUCGGACAUUCUCUAUCUUUUAGUAGACAGCAGAAUUCAUCGUUCCAUUUAUCAAAGCCAGUCUUCAAGGCCCUGAUGCAGCAAAACAGCCCCAGACCAUCACAUUACCACCGCCAUGUUUUACUGUUGGUAUAAUGUACUUUUUUUUAUCACAGUCGCAGAUGCAGAGACUUCAGACUUGACUCGGACUUGUGCCCAAAAGACUUCUGUGUGGAGUUUUUUUUCAGUGGACAGUAAAUAAAUACAGCUCUACAACUAUACACUACUCUAAGUUAUAUUCAAGUUUCAUUUUUAUAGUGUUUGUCCAUGAAAAUGUAUAAUAUUUCCAAAUCUAACAUAUAUAUCGUUGUUGUGAAUUCAAUUGAAUUUAGCUUUUAAAGGAUUUGCAAAUCAUUAUGUUCUGUUUUUUUUUUCUCACACAAUGUGCCCAUUAGAAUUGGGGUUGUACUAAUAUGUACAUUCUUUUGCCCUCUUUUUAUUUUAGCCACUUUGUUUAACAUAUAAAAUCUGUAUUUUUUUUUUUUUUUUUUUUUUUUUAAUGGUUAGUUUUGGCCCAGUAACGUGCAACCUGUUUACCUCCACUAAAUUAUUACUGUCAAAGUUUUUGAAUCAAGAAUUUAAAAAUGUAUUCUGUGUUGUUUUCUCUUGGAACAGAAAGAAUCAUUUCCUGUCAUUUGUAAUCUGUAACUAAUUUCUGUGAAUUAAAGUAAUGAGUAAAUAAGAGUUAAAAAGAACCUUAUUAAGUGAAUAGGAAUUGGAUAUGAUUUACUUUUCUAAAAGUAUUGAUUCAAGCUGUUACUAAAUAUGCUUUUAAGUGCCCCGUGCUGGAGUCAGUGAGACUGCAUCACCUGUGAGGACACUAGAGCAUGUUGGUAAAGACUUGUAUUUAUAAUAUAAUUGUUAAGAGAGAACAUAUGAUACGUAACUCCUGUGUUGAUCCUUAGCUGCAUUCUUUAAACCAUCACUGAUCAUCAGUAAAUUUUACAUUUCAUUUGUAAAUCAAGGGAGGAGAGUGUGAAGAGACACAGUCCAAACUGAUUGAGGACUAGUGUGAAGUUUCCACAAUCAGUCACAAUAAUUUAAAGACGUGUCAUGAAAGCCGUUAACAAGCAUAUGUGACAGGUUAUGAUUUUGAAACAAGGAUUUUUGCUACAACAGCAAAUAUUACCAAUAAUAAUGAUUUAUUAAACUUAUUUAAGGUAGUUUUGUUUUCUUUUUAGUGAAAUGGGCGGGAGAAGGUUUUUUUUUUAAGGGAGAAGCCUCAGCUCCUCAGGUAACCUAGGUAUGGACUUUAUCUCUCAGAUUAUCCCAGAAACACAGGUAGAUGUGUGUUUGUUAGUCUGAGUGUAACUAAAUGAUAAAUUCUGUAAAUUUCCCGCUCCUCACCUUUAAACUGCAGUUUAACCCGUGAAGCAGCUCCUCAGCCCAGUUCCAGAACUUUCCCUCAGAGAGAGAAAACUCUUCAGCUUUGCUGCUGAAACUGUUUAAACUAGCUAAUAUCCGCCACAGUAGUGAAAUACAGCUCCACAUUCUGCUGAGAUCUCAGUAAAUCAGUUAGUAAACACUGUUAAUGAACAUAAAACACAAGCAGGACAUGAGAAUACGGAGUUUUAUUCAGUUAGCUAAAAAGCUUACUCUCUAAAUUUCACCCAGCAACAGCCGCGUCGCUCGCGCGGUAAGACCAGCCAAUCAGAGCUAGGGUCAGGCACAUCGCGUGAUUUCAUUGGUCCGAAAGCCUGUCACUCAGAGUUCUCCCCCGCAGAUUUGCUGUUUUUUUUUCUUUGUUUAUUUUUUUUACGUGUUUUACUAUUAAAACACAAUUAAAAAGUUAUUAUUAGUGUAAAAGUGUUGUGUUAAUAAUAAUAAUAAUAAUAAUAAUCAUUCACAUUUAAAUAAUUAAACAUACACAAUACUAAAUAAUUAGAAAUUAGGAUGUAUGAAUCGUUUCAAUAUUAUUAUUAUCACCAUCAUUAUUAUUAUUAUUAUUAUUAGUGUUUUUAUUCGUUUUAUUAAUAAAAUAUCAUACUAGUUAUAAUUUAGUACUAGCAAUAAUAAUAACAAUAAAUCAAUAAACAUUUAAAUAAUUAAACUUACACAAUAGUAAAUAUUAAAAAUGGAAUUCAAUGAACACAGAUAGGCAAAACUGAUUAAAUAUAAUGCUACAUAAUUUAAUAGAAUUUUAUUUAUAUAACGCUUUUUACAACAAACGUUGUCACAAAAGCAGCUUUACAGAGAAAAACAGGUCCAUGCCUUUUAUGAGCAGCACCACAGAGAGGGCAAUUAUUUUGGCAACACAGUGGCAAACAAAAACCUUCACAUGCAAAACUUUAAAUGCAGUUUUAACUAUGCUACAUAUUUGUGCAUCAAACAAGAAAACUGGGUCGAAAAUAACCCCUAGUUUUCUCACAGAUUUUCCAGGUAUAAUUAAGUGAUCUUCUAUGUCUACAGUAUUAUCAUGUUUUUGUCAAUAUUAGGACCUAAUAAAAGGACCUUUGUUUUAUCAGAAUUAAGUAAGAGAAAGUUGUGUGUCAUCCAAAUUGUUAAUCUCUUCAAUACAGUCUGUUUUUUGAUUUAGACAGAGAUUCUCUUUGGGUUUAGCAGAUAUGAAAAGAUGAGUGUAAUCAGCAUAACAGUGAAAGUUAAUACCAUGCUGUGGUGACAUAUUUAAAAUUGCCAGCCCUGGUUAUUAAGAAAAGCAUAUUAUUCUAAUAUUUAUCCUUUAAUAAUUCUGUGUAUAUGUAAGUGCGGUAUUAAAGUGCUUCUGUACAACUUGUUUUAGCCACAGGAAGUCUAGCCGACAGACUGUUUCCUGUCAUUGAGUGGCAUUAAAGGAGUUCGGCAGCUGCUUCGUUUUUCUUGUGUAUAUGCAUAUUAACAUAAAAGGAGAUGUGAUCAGUUCAAGGGGGGUAAACGUUUGAUUUAACCAAUGAAGUUGCCUAUAGCCUUUUAUGGAAAAUGCAUAACGGUGUAACCUUAUGUAAUCUCAACUCACUGCUUGUGAGCAAAGCUCUUCUGAGUUGGCUGGAAGAAGUUCUCAUCUUUUUUUAUGCUUUCACUUUAUUUUUAAAUAUAAUAAAGCUUUCUAAAAGACAA